CGGCGGCCGGGGCGAUGGCCGAGGGCGGCGGGGGCGCGCGGCGGAGGGCGCCGGCGCUGCUCGAGGCGGCCCGCGCGCGCUAUGAGAGCCUGCACAUCUCGGACGACGUGUUCGGCGAGUCGGGCCCCGACAGCGGCGGGAACCCCUUCUACAGCACCUCGGCCGCCUCGCGCUCCUCCUCGGCCGCCUCCUCGGACGACGAGCACGAGCGCCCCGGGCCCCCGCCCUGCGUCCCCGCCGCCGCCGCCGCCGCCGCGCAGGAGCCGGAGGAGGACGAGGCCGGCUCGGGCUGGAGCGCGGCGCUGCGGGACCGCCCGCCCCCGCGCUUCGAGGACACCGGCGGUCCCACCCGGACGAUGCCCCCCAGCGCCAGCGCCAUGGACUUCUUCCAGCUCUUCGUCCCCGACAACAUGCUCAAGAACAUGGUGGUGCAGACCAACAUGUACGCCAGGAAGUUCCAGGAGCGCUUCGGCAGCGACGGCGCCUGGGCGGAGGUGACGCUGGCCGAGAUGAAGGCCUUCCUGGGCUACAUGAUCUCCACCAGCAUCUCCCACUGCGAGUCGGUCCUCAGCAUCUGGAGCGGCGGCUUCUACAGCAACCGGGGCCUGGCGGGCGUCAUGAGCCAGGCCCGCUUCGAGAAGAUCCUCAAGUACUUCCACGUGGUGGCCUUCCGCUCCAGCCAGGCGGCGCACGGCCUCUACAAGGUCCAGCCCUUCCUCGACGCCCUGCAGAGCAGCUUCGACGCGGCCUUCAGGCCCUCCCAGACCCAGGUGCUACACGAACCCCUGAUUGACGAGGACCCCGUGUUCAUCGCCACGUGCACGGAGCGGGAGCUGCGCAAGAGGAAAAAGCGGAAGUUCAGCCUGUGGGUCCGGCAGUGUUCGUCCACCGGCUUCAUCAUCCAGAUCUACGUCCACCUGAAGGAGGGCGCGGGCCCCGACGGGCUGGACGCGCUGAAGAACAAGCCGCAGCUGCACGGCGCGGUGGCCCGGAGCCUGUGCCGCAACGCGGCCGGCAAGAACUACAUCGUCUUCACGGGGCCCAGCAUCACCAGCCUGGCGCUGUUCGAAGAGUUUGAAAAGCAAGGGAUCUACUGCUGCGGGCUGCUCAGCUCCCGGAAGAGCGACUGCACGGGGCUGCCGCGGUCCAUGCUCGCCAGCCCCGCCACGCCGCCCGCCCGCGGCCAGCACCGCAUCCGGACCAAGGGGAACAUGUCCCUGAUCUGCUGGUACAACAAGGGCCACUUCCGCUUCCUGACCAACGCCUACUCGCCCGUGCAGCAAGGGGUGAUCAUCAAGCGGAGGAGCGGGGAGGUCCCCUGCCCCUUGGCCGUGGAGGCGUUCGCCGCUCACCUCAGCUACAUCUGCAGAUACGACGACAAGUACAGCAAGUACUUCAUCUCUCACAAACCCAACAAGACGUGGCAGCAGGUGUUCUGGUUCGCCGUCAGCAUCGCCGUCAACAACGCCUACAUCCUGUACAAGCUCUCGGAUGCCUACCACAUGCAGAGGUACAGCCGGGCACAGUUCGGCGAGAGACUCGUGCGGGAGCUGCUGGGCCUGGAGGACGCCUCUCCGACCCCCUGAGCGGGCCGGGCUCGGGGAAGGACCAGGUGUGGGGAGAGCGUGCCGUCGACCUGCCCGCCCGGAGCCUGGGGACUCGGUGCAAGGAGGGGCACCGCACCCCGACUCCACACGCCACGUGCCACCAGGCCACUGCCAGUCCAGUGCUCAGCGGGCGUGCCUCCC